AUGUCGGGAGAUGGCAGUCGUCCCAAUCAUAUACAUCACAAUUACAAUCCAUAUUUGAUCUGUAUUUUAUCUCAAUUUAUAUCUAUCUAUCUAUCACAUUCCGCACACAUCUAUCUAUCUAUCUAUCUAUCUAUCUAUCUAUCUAUCUACAUUCCGCACACAUCUAUCUAUCUAUCUAUCUAUCUAUCUAUCUAUUACAUUCUGCACACAUCUAUCUAUCUAUCACAUUCCGCACACAUCUAUCUAUCUAUCUAUCUAUCACAUUCCACACACAUCUAUCUAUCAAAUAGUGCACACAUCUACCUAUCUAUCACAUUCUGCACACAUCUAUCUAUAUAUCAAUCCAAUUCAGCAAACAUCUGUUUAUCUAUCACAUUCCGCACACAUGUAUCUAUAUAUCUAUCAAUGCAAUUCAGCACGCAUCUAUCUAUCUAUCUAUCUAUCUAUCCAUCCAUCCAUCUAUCUAUCACAUUCCACACAUCCAUCCAUCUAUCCAUCCAACACAUCCCGCACACAUCCAUCCAUCUAUCCAUCUAUCUAUCCAUCUAUCACAUCUGCACACAUCCAUCCAUCCAUCUAUCAUCCAUCUAUCAUCACAUUCCGCACACAUCCAUUCAUCUAUCUAUCUAUCUAUCUAUCACAUUCCACACACAUCUAUCCAUCCAUCUAUCUAUCUAUCCAUCUAUCUAUCUAUCUAUCAUUCCGCAUACACAUCUAUCUAUCUAUACAUCCAUCUAUCCAUCACAUUCCCACACAUCCAUCCAUCCAUCCAUCCAUCUAUCCAUCCAUCCAUCCAUCCACAUCCAUCCAUCCAUCCAUCUAUCUAUCCAUCCAUCUAUCUAUAUCACAUUCCGCACACAUCUAUCUAUCUAUCCAUCUAUCUAUCUAUCACAUCCCACACAUCUAUCUAUCUAUCUAUCCAUCCAUCAUCAUCCAUCCACACAUCCAUCCAUCUAUCCUAUCCUAUCUAUCUAUCACAUUCCACACAUCCAUCUAUCUAUCCAUCUAUCCAUCCAUCUAUCUAUCUAUCCAUCACAUUCCUAUCAUCUAUCCAUCCAUCCAUCUAUCCAUCCAUCCAUCCUAUCACAUUCCGCACACAUCAUCCAUCCAUCUAUCUAUCUAUCUAUCAUCACAUCCUGCCACACAUCCAUCCAUCCAUCCAUCCAUCUAUCCAUCACAUUCCACAUCCAUCCAUCCAUCCAUCUAUCCAUCACAUCCACACAUCCAUCUAUCUAUCUAUCCAUCUAUCUAUCACAUUCCGCACACAUCCAUCCAUCUAUCUAUCCAUCCAUCUAUCCAUCUAUCACAUUCCGCACACAUCCAUCCAUCUAUCUAUCUAUCUAUCCAUCCAUCCAUCACAUCCCCACACAUCCAUCCAUCUAUCUAUCCAUCCAUCUAUCACAUCUAUCCAUCCAUCACAUCUAUCUAUCUAUCCAUCCAUCACAUCCCGCACACAUCUAUCCAUCCAUCCAUCCAUCUAUCACAUUCACACAUUUCAUCCAUCCAUCCAUCCAUCCAUCCUAUCUAUCACAUCCCCACACAUCCAUCCAUCUAUCUAUCCAUCUAUCUAUCACAUCCCCGCACACAUCCAUUCAUCAUCUAUCUAUCUAUCACAUCACAUCCAUCCAUCUAUCUAUCUAUCUAUCAUCACAUUCACACACAUCUAUCUAUCUAUCUAUCUAUCCAUCCAUCAUCACAUCCCGCACACAUCCAUCCAUCCAUCCAUCUAUCAUCACAUUCCACACACAUCCAUCCUAUCUAUCUAUCUAUCACAUUCCGCACACAUCCAUCUAUCUAUCCAUCCAUCCAUCUAUCAUAUCACACAUCCAUCCAUCCAUCCAUCCAUCCAUCUAUCUAUCCAUCACAUUCCCACACAUCCAUCCAUCCAUCCAUCCAUCCUAUCAUAUCCAUCACAUCUAUCAUCAUCCAUCCAUCCAUCCAUCCAUCCAUCACAUUCAACACAUCUAUCCAUCCAUCCAUCCAUCCAUCCAUCACAUCUAUCACAUCCAUCCAUCCAUCCAUCCAUCCAUCCAUAUAUCCAUCCAUCCAUCCAUCACAUUCCCACACAUCCAUCCAUCCAUCCAUCCAUCCAUCCAUCCAUCCAACACAUUCCGCACACAUCUAUCCAUCCAUCUAUCCAUCACAUUCCGCACACAUCCAUCCAUCCAUCCAUCCAUCCAUCCAUCACAUUCCGCACACAUCCAUCCAUCCAUCUAUCCAUCCAUCUAUCUAUCACCCAUCCGCACACAUCCAUCCAUCCAUCCAUCCAUCCAUCUAUCCAUCUAUCACAUUCCGCACACAUCCAUCCAUCCAUCCAUCCAUCUAUCUAUCCUAUCACAUUCCACACACAUCCAUCCAUCUAUCUAUCCAUCACAUUCCACACAUCCAUCUAUCUAUCUAUCUAUCAUCUAUCACAUCUGCACACAUCCAUCUAUCUAUCCAUCCAUCCAUCCAUCACAUUCCGCACACAUCUAUCCAUCCAUCAUCCAUCUAUCCAUCU